AUGACGUCGAUAACCCUCAGUCGUAGAGAGACAUGGGGUCUCAUUGCGUUGUCGAUAGCCUGUUCAGCUGUUCUGGUGAAGAACGCGCUGCAGGAUGGAGAGCCUUUGGUGGCUUCACUUGCGUUGUCUGGAAUCGCCUUUGCUGCUACCUUUAGCCUCAUUCGGUGGCUUGGGAAUGUGUUUAUGAAAGCCGGACUGAAAGGAAAAGAUAUGUCAAAGCUUAAGAAGAUAGAGAUACCAGAGACCAUGGGUGCUGUUGUUGCGGUUGUUUACAUACUGAUUCUUAUCGUGUUUAUUCCAUUUCCCUUUUACAAAGAUCUCGUGGCCGCAACAUCUGGUGGAGGGAAUCGUGAUAUACCAUUGCCAAUUCAUCAUGUGGAAACCGGUCGCUUUCUACACAAGUUUCCUCACAAUAAGCUCGCAACCUAUCUUUCUGGGCUUCUCUCUCUGCAGUCAAUAGUAAUACUGGGAAUAGGUGAUGAUCUAUUAGACAUUCGGUGGCGGCACAAGUUUUUUAUACCCGCCUUUGCCGCAGUACCGAUGCUAAUAGUUUACUUUGUCGACUUUGGAGUGACGCACGUCAUAGUACCAGUCCCUCUUCAGGAUUAUCUAGGGCCAUCCCUCGAUCUGGGUUGGAUGUACUAUGUGUAUAUGGCUGCAGUCGCUAUAUUCUGCCCGAACAGUAUUAACAUGCUGGCUGGAAUCAACGGAAUCGAGGUCUCACAGUCCAUAGCCAUAGCCUGCCUGUUGAUAACCAAUGAUGCCCUGUUUCUAUCACCAUUUACCCCAUACCCACACCCGGCCACGGACUCCCACCUCUUCUCGAUGUAUCUUCUUCUUCCAUUUGUGGCUGUCUCACUGGCAUUAUGGUGGCACAAUUGGUAUCCCUCUAAAGUUUUUGUCGGGGAUACUUACUGCUACUUUGCUGGAAUGGUCUUUGCCGUCGUCGGAAUCCUGGGCCACUUUAGUAAAACUUUGCUGCUAUUAUUCAUACCUCAGAUCUUCAAUUUCUUAUAUUCUACACCGCAGCUAUUUCAUCUGAUACCUUGUCCACGGCACCGGCUGCCGAAGUUCAACCCGCGAACCGGUCUGAUGGAACCAUCCGUCACCGAGUGGACACGCCCGCCUCAUGCAAUAAUCGCAAUGAGCCUCGAUCUCCUGGACACGCUAUACUUGGUGCGCGUCAAGAGGAACGAAGACGGGGAAAUUAUCGAGACGACAAACCUGACCUUACUUAAUCUGUGGUUACUCUGGUUUGGACCGUUGCGGGAGGAUAAGUUGGCGAUUCACAUUGUUGGCGUCCAGCUACUCUGCGGUGUGGCAGCACUGCUGGUCCGACACAAACUUGCCUUGUUAGUGUUUAGAGAGGAUAACCGCGGGCCCGGAUUUGUAUAUAGCUCCGUAUAG